AUGUCGACUGCCGUGUCCGCUGUGGCCACAUGGUCUGCCGAGCACAGCCUGAGGAUCGACGCCGACGGGAACGGGGUCGCUCUGUUCCGCAUCGCUUCACACCGACAUUCUGACGAGGACGCUGCCGACCAUCGUCUGGGCGGUGGGAACCCACGCGUCAAGUCGCACCUGGUGCGUCUGCUCGGCAAUGCGAUUGAUCGACACCUCAAUUUCGUUUUGCACGUCACCGCCGCUGCAGGGCAGACCGUGCCACGCCGCCGUCAGCUGCGGCUGGGCGCAGGAGCUGGUGCGUCCCAGCACACCAUGCGAUCCUGUCUGGUUGGAUGCGUCCACACUGCGUUGCACCACGGCGGCGAGGAAAUCGCACCGUGUCCAGCUCCCACUCACCUCCACAGCCUGGAAGUGCGGCACGGCGACAGCUGCACAGCAUCGCUCGUCCCACGCGCAUCAACGAAGGAUACUUCUGCCCACAUGGCAGCCAGUCCAGCACCGCUGCGGAGGAUCAUUGGGUUUCGCGCACCCACACAGCACGAACGCCUCACGCGUCUCCGGUAUAUUGAGGACGUGCGUGGCGCAAUCCGCUUGGAAACCGCACCUUUGCCAAUACUUGGGAAGGCAGCGACGACCAUUUCUCUGCCGGGAGAUGCCGUCCUCAACGGACUGCGACGCGUCCGCCGCCACAUGGGGAUCUCCCCGCACCACAUCCGCGCCCCUCAUGCUGAGCACCGCGUUGUUUUCUGGGGUACUGUGAGCUGCAGCGGGUUGGGCGUCCUCCAGCCACGGCACGCCAGGGACGCCCUGGACGGUGUCAGACGAUCGGCCGUUGAAGCGGCCUGCGCCUCCCUAGGACCAUGUAUCUGGAUCCGCUGCGCUGCCGUUUGA